GGAAAAAAAAAACUACGAACGUCUCUUGCGCCACACAAAUCAACAUUUCUGCUUCACUUAAUUCUUUUUCAAGACACCUGUGGAUAUGUUGAGACACAAGAAGGAGCAAAUAACACAAGGCUUCACCGUGAAGUCUACUAUGAAGAACUCCGUGGUGGUGGGCCCACCGCCUGCAGGGGCUUUUCAGACGCGCCCCUCUAAACCAACCACCUUUCGCAAGUUCUACGAGCGUGGAGAGUUUCCGAUGGCACUUGAGCAUGACACUAAGGGAAACCGAAUUGCAUGGAAGGAGGAGAUUGAGAGACUGGACUACCACCACAUCCUGCCUCUGUUCUUCGAUGGCUUAUGCGAGACCGUUCAUCCGUAUGAGUUCUUUGCCCGGCAGGGGGUCCAUGACCUGCUCGAGCACGGAGGCCCCAAGAUCCAGCCUGUGAUUCCCCAGCUCAUCAUCCCCAUCAAGAACGCCCUGAACACGAGGAACCGUCAGGUGAUCUGCACCACGCUGAAAGUCCUGCAGCAUCUGGUGGUGUCUGGAGACAUGGUGGGAGAAACUCUGGUGCAGUUCUACAGACAGAUCCUCCCCAUAUUCAACAUCUUCAAGAACGUGAACAUCAACUCCGGAGACGGCAUCGACUACAGCCAGCAAAAGAGAGAGAACAUAGGUGAUUUGAUCCAGGAGACUCUGGAGAUGUUCGAGCUCUACGGGGGAGAGAACGCCUACAUAAACAUCAAAUACAUGGUGCCCACCUACAGGUCCUGCUUAAACAACUGAUUAAGCUGACACUGCACAGACUCUUGACGGCUCUGUCAGUCCCUCUUUAUCUGCCCCUCACCUCUAAACGAACCUCUUAUCUCGUGCCUUUUUUUUCCAUCCUGGUUCUCUCCUAAUCCUAAUCUCAGCCUCACUCCAUGGUUUCUCCUUUUGUUUCUGAACCCCUCUCUGCUCUGUAGCAUAACCUUUUUAUUUUUAAAAUCCUUAUUAAAUUCAUUGCUGCAAGU